AUAGUAUUGAGAACUCUCCAGAACACAGUAGUUAUAGUGGCAAAUGUGCUGUCCUUUAUUUCGGCUCAGUGCCAUAGAAGACUGAAGCUUCUAGAUUGGCCCAACUAAUGUCUACAGCAAAACAGGGGAGCUAGAACUGUCGGCAAUAGAGGAUUCUCAACGGUUUUAGAAGUGACAGCGGAUGUUAAAACUGCGAGGUUGUAAGGUCCAGCAGCAGUAGCCAGCCGGGGCUAGCCGAGCGUUUCCUGGCUUUGAUGCGACCCGAUUGUGCCUGGAGCAUGUCCACAGCGGGCCUGACUGCCCAGGAGAUCUGUUUACCCACAGACAGCCACUUCCUGCGGGCUAGUCACUGUCUCAGCAUGGCUGGAGCCAAGCCCUCAUGGAGCCACCACCAUGAGCUGGACAAUUUGUACUUCAGUAUGGAUGCAGCACCCACGGAAUACAACUUUCAAUUUCAGCAGCAGGUGCCACCAUCGCUCAAUUCUGAGAGACAGAAACAUAGCCCUGGUGUACAGCGGUUACCCUCAAAGAAGUCCCGUCCCACCCAUCUGUCCCUGUCAUCCAGCGCUGAGCCCUCCACCCCUAGUCCUGCUGAGGAUGACCAGGUGGUCCCGUCAUUCCAGAGGUUGUCUGUGUACGAACGCUGCAGUCCCCCACACACACCUAGCCGGGGGGCCAAGCCCCUGCCCCCUCUCCCUGGGCGGGGAGACCUUUCCCCUGACCAGGCCAUGGACAAUGAGGUGGAGUUCUUCACCAGUUCAGAUGACAGCCGUUGCUUGGUUCCUGAGCAGUGUCCCCCUAAACCCUCUGCCUCCCGCUACGGAGCCCCCAGCCGCAGGAGCUUCAGGCACUGUGGACAGAUUAACUAUGCCUACUUUGAGGGGCCAGUGGGGCAGCAGAGACCACAGGAACGGCAGGAGCAGCAGCGGAUACAGGCGCAGCAGCGACAACAGGAGCAGCAACAAAGAUUGGAGCAGGUAGAGCAACAGCCAUCGGAGCAACCAGUGUGUCCCAGACAGCAGGACCGAGCCCAGAGGAAGCUGCGGCGCUCUCAUUCCGGCCCUGCUGGCUCCUUCAACAAGCCCACGUCGCUGCGCCUGCCCUGUCACCACCGCCACACUCAGGGCAUGGACAAACCAGAGGUGCCCCCCCGCGUGCCAAUCCCCCCACGACCCAUCAAGACUGCAGACUACCGCCGCUGGUCAGCCGAGGUGUCCUCUGGGGCCUACAGUGACGAGGACAAGCCCCCCAAGGUGCCCCCCAGGGACCCUUUGUUGUCUCAAAGCAGCUCCCGUACCCCCAGCCCCAAGAGCCUCCCCUCAUACCUCAACGGUGUUAUGCCUCCCACGCAGAGCUUUGCCCCAGAUCCUAAGUACGUGAGGCGGGGUUUACAGAGGCAGAACAGCGAGGGCUCUCCCUGCAUCCUGCCAGUCAUUGAGAAUGGCAUGAAGGCCAGCACCACACACUACUUCCUGCUUCCACAGAGGCCUGCCUACCUAGACAAACCUUACUUGGAGAAGUUCAUCCGGGAUAUGGACUGCCCGGCAGGUCGCAGUAGAGGGGCUUCAGACCCAGAGUGGGAUUGUCAGACCAGCAGGAAAGCACAGGUGGAUUUAGUUUGAGCUGGAGGAGGCAAGUUAGGGAAGAACUCCACUGGAUACGAGCAAACAACCUCUGGGCACAAAGUGCCUCAGGACACUGAAGCCUUCAAAUGUUUACUGCUGCUUUAACACUGACGACGUUGGUAGUUUUACCUCAGUAUUCUAAAAACAUAGGGGUUUUGACAUACCAUUUAGAGUUACUGGGACAUUUGGAAUUGCAAUCAAAACACACGAGCUAAACGUUGUCUAACUAUUGUGUGUGUUUGGGGGGUGAUAUUUAACAAUUUUUAUAUGAUUUGUCAAUACAUUAUGUAAAUGUUUUGCUGAUACAGUGGUUCAGUUUUAGGGUAUAAGCAGGACUUGUGCCUCAUGUUCUCAGUGUUGUGUGUCUCACAGGUAGAGGACAUUUUGUGAGGUGUAUAUUGUGUGUUGAUAUUGCUUGUGUGUCUCAGAACUUAGGGACAAAGGGUCAGUAAAGCAAUUAUUAUCUUGUGUUGCAUCUAUGAAGUCUAAAGAGCCCAAUGUAUUUAAACACUUUAAAUGAAGGAUUCCCCACCCUAACUCCUAUUUUGUAUAAGCAUGAAAAUAGGAAUGCACAUGUCCUGCCUUGUUGAUAUUUCAGUCUUAAUCAGGCCACUAUGUUUAUGGAUGGCAGUG